AUGCCUGCACUGCUGCCGCUGCUGCGCUCUGUCUGCCUGGGGCUGCUGCCUCUCGGGCUGAGCAAUAUUUGCGCAUCCUUCCCGACGCUCUGCUGCGAGUUGAGCGGAGGCUCUUGGACUCGUGCUGGCAGCUCCAGCGCGCAAAUUAUGGCGAGUGCCACUCUGAGGAGGUACAUUUUCGCCUUCCGCGUGGCCGAGCUACAGCUGUGCCUGCAAGAGCUCGGCCUGUCCAAAAAGGGACUCAAAGGGGAGCUCCAGUCUCGUCUGUUUGCCUACUUUGGCGAUUACACUGGAGUGGCCGCCCGGGGGGUCAACCCUCCCAAGGAGCAGCAUAGACUCGACACAGCAGCGCGAUUGGUCACCCAGAUAUACCAUCGCAUGAAGGGCUUACCCAGCCCUGAGGCUCUUCCAGCCAGGGAGACCAUACCAACUGCAGGGUACCUUCAGGGCUCUGGAGAUGUGCCGUUGGCUCCCGCGGCUCCUAUUCUGCCGAAUGGGAAUGCAGCUGCGGCAGUGCAAGCAGCCGCGAGGAGUAACACACAGAUCAGAUGCAUCUGUGGAAGCAACUAUGACCGAGGCACCAUGAUCCAGUGCGAGGAUGAGGCAUGCGGGGUGUGGCAGCACUGCGACUGCGUGGGCGUGGACUUGAACGUGAUGCCGGAGCACUAUUUAUGCGAGCUGUGUCGGCUGGCGCGAGCGGACCCCUUCUGGCGCCGCGUGGGGGCCCCCGUCAUGUCCCCCGUGAAGCUGGCGCCCGUGCAGCCGCCGCGCAGCUUCCCCGAUGGCAGGACCCAGGAGGAGGAUGUCGUGCAGGUGGCAGACCGCAAUUUCAUGCUCACCCACGCACAGAUCGACCCAGCGCGCCGUCAGAGCCACAACUUCCAGCUGCAGGUGGCAUGCAUAAUGAUGGGAGACAGCGUGCCGAUGCGAAUACACUGGCCGCGGCAUGCGGACCUGCGGCUGAACAACAUGCUGUAUCGGCCCUACUCCCGCAACUCUGCCACCAAGCUGGGCGCCAAUGCUCGGGAUGAGCCUGCCUCCGUUGGCGUCAUGUGCUCGCAGGGGCGCAACCGGCUGUGGGUGUCGGUGAUGGAGUCGCGCAGCUUCUGCGUGAUGGUGCAGCUGGCGCAGCGCCGGACAAUGGACGAGGUCAAGGCGCUCAUGGCCCCGCCUGAGACCGAGCAGGCCGCCCUCAAACGUGUCGUCCGCCAGACGCGCGGCGUGAAGGGGGAAGGGGAUGAGAGUGAUGACGAGGUGGAGAUUGGGCGCACAGUGGUGUCGCUGCGGUGUCCCAUGUCCGGCAGCCGCAUGCGCGUGCCGGCGCGCUUUGCGUCGGUGGGCGGCCUCAACGCGUUCGACCUGGACACCUUUCUGGACGUGGUGCAGCGCAGCCGCAAAUGGCAGUGCCCCCACUCCAUGCGCAACCUGCCCGUGCAGCAGCUCAUGGUCGACGCCUACCUCUCCCACAUCCUCGCCCGCCUCAAGGCCGUGAGCCCAGUCCAGUUACUUCAGGGUCCCCGCUACGCUGCCUGGUUCUGCUAUGUAACGCUCUAUGGAGUGCACCUGAUCAUCUGCCAGAUGUGUUACUUUCCCGGGGAGGUGGCCUCCGCUGAGGAGGCCACAGACAUGGCUGAGGUGACAGAGGUGGAGGUGUCGCCGGGCGGGGAGUGGCGCGUGGGUGGUACAGAGGGGCGCUGGCACUCCAUCUCCGAGGACCCCAGCCUCCCCAUCGAAGACGUCAAAGUCAAGGCUGACCCUGAAACCGCCAAACAGGAAGCAGGCAGCGCGGGCGCGUUUGACAGCGACAGCGACGAGGAGAUGUCAGAGGGCGAGGAGCUGCGCAGGGCGGCAGCUGCGGCCAAGUCAACAGUGCGGCCCAAGCCGCCGCCGGACGUGAUCGUCAUCAGCGACUCUGACGAGGAAGACGAUGCAGAGAUGUCUCGUCAAGGGCCGGCGCCCGCUCCGCUCCGGCCACCAGCUCCACCGCAGCAGCACCAGCAGACAGGGUAUCAACCGGCAGGGCACGCGCCGCAGCCAGAAGCGAGCUCGUCGGGCCGCGGGCAACUCCAGCACUCGCCCAAUUCCUACGGCCGGCAGCAGGGACCUGCUCCUACUGGACGCUCCUACGUAGGGCCGUAUCCCGGCUCGUUGCCGGCCGCCGGCGGGCACCGAGCGGCUGACCGGCCCGGGGGAGGCACCGUCGUUCGCGGCCGCGGCAUCACACUGCGGCUGCCUCCGCGGCCGGAGCGCCCACCGUCCGGUCAGUCGCCUUUCCCGAUGUCAGGCGUAUAG